UGAAAGGGGUUGGGAAGAAUGAGAUGGCGGUGGUUCAGGUGGUUGAAGAUGAGGAUGAGGAGAGUGAUGGAGAGGAAUUGAGUCGGUUGUUAGGUGGCCUCCAAAGUGGAGAGGCUCUAUGAGGCUCCUGCUGUUGGAUGAGCAAUUGGCAAAUAAAAGCAUUGAGGAAUUGCCUGAGGCAAUCAAGGUUUAUGUUCUUAUAGCAUUUUGAUAAUCAGUGAUUUGGUUUUGUUUCUGUGGAUCGUCUGUUUGCCGGAAGUAGUCUGGAUAGUAUGUGGCUAUGUGCUCAUAUUGCUGUGCUUGAAUUUGGUCGGCUAUUUCAUAUUGGAGAUUGUGAAUUAUUAGUAUCUAGGUGUACCGUUAGGUUUAUGAUUUUGCUUUGUUUUUGGGAAGCUUAUAAGAAAACUAGUACUUCAAAUUGCUUUUAAUGUCUGCAACAUAUGAUAUUCAUUAUCUAUUUAUGUUUGGUUUGGUUACACAUCCUGAAGGUGCCGAUUCAUAGUACUGAUGCUAUGAACCCAAAGCUUUCAAUAUAUUGGUAAGAAAACUUAUAGAAUUCUGGGACUUGGACUUCUGAGUUCAUAGACUUGAAGGGGGAAGUUCAAGAUGAUCAAUAGAAACAAACCUGAAAUUAUAUCCUGACCGUGCAAUACUAAUCUUCCGUAAAUCCUCCGUUUCUAUCCAUAGCUGAUGCUUUAGCUCAUCCUAAUCUUCUGAUCAUGUGUGUGAAAAUGACAUCUUCUUUCUUCCACUUAUUCAAAUAAGUUUUGGUAGAUAAAUUUUAUUUGAUGGGUACAGAUAGUUGAUUGUCAGUUUCUUAAUCAAGCAAUACUUCAAACCGACUGAACAACUUCAUCAAGAACGAGCCAUUUUCAAGGGAAUAAAGGAGUCCCAAUGGGAAAGAGAAAUAGGGUUGCCGUGGUGGUGCUUGGCGACAUUGGCCGUAGCCCCCGGAUGCAAUACCAUGCACUUUCUCUUGCUCGACAGGCUUGUCUAGAUGUUGAUAUUGUUGGAUAUGGAGGGUCAGAGCCCCACAUCUCAGUGUUACAGAACCAAUCUAUCCAUAUCCACAGAAUGCCACAAUGGCCAACAAUUCCUCGAAGUCUUCCAAAGAUACUUCAUCCCUUAUUUCUUAUUCUCAAGCCUAUUAUUCAGUUCCUUAUGCUGCUGUGGUAUCUUUGUGUAAAGAUACCAGCUCCCGAUGCUUUCUUAGUGCAGAAUCCACCAUCAGUUCCUACUCUAGUGGUUGUGAAGUGGGCCAGCUGGUUGAGACAUUCAGCAAUCAUUGUCGAUUGGCAUAAUUUUGGAUAUACCCUGCUUGCACUGUCUCUUGGAAGGAGUAGUCUCUUUGUUGCGAUAUAUCGUUGGAUCGAGAAGAGUUAUGGUGAGAGGGCUCAUGGUUCCUUGUGUGUGACUAAAGCAAUGCAACAUGAAUUGUCUCAGAACUGGGGAAUUAAAGCCACUGUUCUGUAUGAUCAACCUCCAGAAUUUUUCCGUCCUGCUUCACUUGAGGAAAAGCAUAACUUAUUUUGCAGCAUUAGUAAAAGUCUCAAUGAGCCAUAUGGCCUUCGAGAUUGCAUUAGCAAUGGAUUGACAGGACCAUACAACAGUAAUCCUGAUAUAACUCCAUUUACAACUCAGGUUGGCACUGAUAUAAUCUUGAAACCAAACAGACCCGCACUCAUUGUUAGCAGUACAAGCUGGACUCCUGAUGAAGAUUUUGGCAUUCUUCUGGAAGCAGCGCUUAUGUAUGAUAGACGUGUUGCUGCACUAUUAGGUGAGGACGAUUCAAGUGGGGAUGAAGUUAUUUGGGAUGGAAUUUGUGGUGGAAAGCAAUUCCCAUACCCGAGGUUGCUGUUCAUUAUUACUGGUAAAGGACCUGAAAAGGAAAAAUAUGAGGAAAUGAUAAGGAAACUUAGUCUCAGACGGGUUGCAUUCCGUACCAUGUGGCUGGCGGCUGAGGAUUAUCCUUUGCUUCUUGGGUCAGCAGAUCUAGGCGUUUGCCUGCAUACUUCGUCAUCAGGAUUAGAUCUACCCAUGAAGGUUGUGGAUAUGUUUGGCUGUGGAUUACCUGUCUGUGCUGUUUCAUAUUCUUGCAUAAAGGAGCUGAUAGAUGUUGAAAAAAAUGGCCUCCUUUUCUCGUCAUCUUCAGAACUGGCUGAUCAGCUCAUGAUGUUGUUUGAGGGUUUCCCUGAAAGAUGUGAUGCUUUGAAGUCAAUGAGAUCAAACUUGAUGGAGAGGGUAUCUUCAGUUAGGUGGACAACUGAAUGGGAAGAAAAUGCCAAGCCCUUAAUAUACGAGGUUAUCUCUAAGAACUCUAGCUGAAUCAUUGGAAGAUGACACAAAAACAGAUGAACAUACAGUUGGUGUAGGUGCGGCUUCUUGGCGGCAGGCACCCAUUUAAAUUCUUGGUUGUUCAAACACACUCAUGGAAUCACCUGAUUUUUCCCAUUUGAAAGAGAAGAGAAGCAGAGUGGUGUAUUGUGUUUCUUCUCAUGUAAACAGGAGACUCAAAUCUUUUGAUCAUGAACUUGCCCUGGAAUGACAAUCAUUUACGGGUGCUAAAACAAGAUACUGUUCUGAACUGUGGAAUUCUUCACAAUAUUUGGGCACGAUAUAGCGCAGUCUAUUAAAUAGUUAUGUUGA